CCUUGAUGAGGCUCUCGCAUCAAACAGAAGUAUUAGGUUGCCAGAUACAAAAAUGUCCAUGACGCUGAAUUACUUUAUCGCCAUUGCGCUCGCCACAAGCUCCCUCGCGUCAGCGCUGCACUCAACAACUCCGACUCGCCGCUUCUCACUUCCUGUCCAGCCUACUGCCUUCCCCGAUGAUCCUGCCCUGACUACUCCCAGACCACUCGUUAUUCUCACGCCGAGUGAGUCGGAUUUUGAUGAUGUUGAAAGCACGUUGAGUUUGCCUCUAACCGCUGAAGACACCACUGUGCCCUUUCAAGAUAUUGACCCUACCGAAACUGUUAUGCCCAUACCAUUCACGCCGUCUGUUUCGUUCACAUCGCCUUCAUCUUCAUCUUCCGCAUCGUUUGCCCCCUCCACGGCAUUUGCAUCAUCAUCAUCAUCAUCAUCAACCCCAUUGACAAACCAUGCAGAGAGACGAGUCGCCUCAUCCAGCUCUCCCUCCCUCACCACAAUAACAGGAACUCACGCCACAAAGCCAUCAUCUACAUCAAACCCGGCCUCAGUGCCAACAGCCUUUGCCAACGCUGCCGUCGGCCUCAUCGCCAUUGUCGGCCUAGCAAUGGCAUUAUGAGCGUUUAUGCACCAUCUCGCCAAUUCAUACCAUUUCUGAUACCGUCUUCUUCUUCUCCAACGGCAGAUGAGAGGUCAAUUAGAAGUGGAAUAUAAAAGGAAAAAAUGAAAACAAAGGGAUGACAAAAAAGCUUCGUUUUAUAUAUGGACCAAGACGAUCCAAAAAAUUUUGUAACUAGCACGCCAGCAACAAGUAGUUUUCUUCAUAAUUCAGUAGAGGAGAGAGAAAGAGUCUGUUUUU